AUGAAGAGGGAACAGGACAUUAUUGUUGAUUACGACAGGUUUGUAAAUGCGUUGGUGAAAAUGCUGCAUGGGCUACAAAAUGGAAGGUUGAGCGGGAUAUUUUCAAGAGAAACAAACAGGUUUGUGUUUGUGGAGAAGGACGAGUUCAGGAACAUUGUGCGGCUCGAGCUACAGUUUUCAAAGCCUGACGAGUCGCACUACAAGCAGUACCUGGGAGACAUCCUGAGCAGGAUGGAGUCUGACAACAUAAGGCUGAUCAAGGAAAAUGAGAUGCUGAGAGAGAAGUGCAAGAGCUAUGAGCGUGAUGCAAAGGAUAGGACAAGGUAUCUUGAAGAAGAGCUUGCAAAGGCACAGAAGAAGGCAGACAAGCUGCUGAGGGAGAACACAGGGCUCAUAGAAGGCAUGAAAGCAAGCAGCGAGGAUCUUGGCAAGCUAAACAGCAGGAUAUAUGAGCUUGAAAAGGAAAACAGUAGGCUGCAGUAUGAUCUUGAAAAGCUAAAGCUCCAGGAUGUAAAGAAUGCAAGUCUUGCUGAAAAGACACAGGAAAUCGAUGAAGAAAAUAGAAAACUGAAGAAUGAAAUAGGCACAGCCAACGAGAUAAUCAGGAAAUACAUGGAUGAAAUUGCACAGAUGAAGAGCACAGCUGCAGAAAAUGAAGAGCGAACAAAGGACAUUCGGUCAGACAGCAAGAAGCUUAAAGUAGAGCUUGAUGCGCUUAGGAGUAAGGCAAAGGAUCUAGAGGAGCGGAACAAAAGAAUGUCCGAUGAUGCAAAGGCCAAGGAUUCAAGGCUUAAAGAGCUGGAAAUUGAAAACGGAAAGCUUCUGAAGAAACUUGAGAAUGCUCAGAGCGUGUAUAGCCAUUUCUACAAUAAAAACAUCGAGAAUCCAGGUCCUGGGGUGUAUUCGGAUAACGAGAGUCUAUUUUCUAUUGUUCCUGAAUCGCCUCCUCAUUGA